AUGUUCGGGUCUCAAAGAAGGGGAUUCGGCACUCGGCGACUGCUGCUCUCGCUUCUGCUCCUUGCAUUCUGGGGGGCUGGGAGCGGGCAGGUCCACUACUUCGUCCCCGAGGAGGCCAAACACGGCACCUUCGUGGGCCGCAUCGCCCAGGACCUGGGGCUGGAGCUGGCGGAGCUGGUGCCGCGCCUGUUCCGGGUGGCGUCCAAAGGCCGCGGGGACCUUCUGGAGGUAAAUCUGCAGAAUGGCAUUUUGUUUGUGAAUUCUCGCAUCGACCGCGAGGAGCUGUGCGGGCAGAGCCCGGAGUGCAGCAUCCACCUGGAGGUGAUCGUGGACCGGCCGCUGCAGGUUUUCCACGUGGAGGUGGAGGUGAAGGACAUUAACGACAAUCCGCCGGUGUUCUCUCUCAGAGAACAAAAGCUGUUCAUUUCUGAAUCUAAGCAACCCGACUCGCAUUUUCCUCUAGAGGGAGCUUCUGAUGCGGAUAUCGGUGAGAAUGCUCUAUUGACCUACAGACUAAGUCAAAAUGAGUAUUUUUCUUUAGAGUUACCAACACAUAGUAAGCCGACUAAAAGACUGUCACUUACAUUAAAGAAGUCUCUGGAUAGAGAGAAAACUCCAGAGCUUAAUUUGCUACUGACCGCUGCAGACGGGGGGAAACCGGAGCUUACUGGCACCGUGCAGCUGUUCGUCCGCGUCUUGGAUAUUAAUGACAAUGAUCCGGAAUUUGAGCAAUCAGAAUAUAAGGUGAGACUGAUGGAAAACGCAGCUAAAGAAACUUUUGUGAUAAAGUUAAACGCCACAGAUCCAGACGAAGGAGUCAAUGGUGAGGUAACAUACUCCUUGAUGUCGAUUAAACCCAAUGGAAAACCUUUAUUUACACUUGAUGAAAAUAAUGGAGAAGUCAGGGUGAAUGGAACUUUAGAUUAUGAAGAAAACAAAUUUUAUGAAAUUGAAGUGCAGGCUACAGAUAAGGGGAAUCCCCCAAUGGCAGGUCACUGUACAGUCUGGGUAGAAAUCUUAGACGUCAAUGAUAAUGCUCCUGAAGUCAGUGUGACUUCCCUGUCUCUCCCAGUACGAGAGGACACUCAGCCUAGCACGGUCAUUGCGCUGAUCAGUGUAUCCGACCGCGACUCUGGUGCCAAUGGACAGGUGAUCUGUUCUCUAACGCCCAACGUCCCCUUCAAGAUCACGUCCACGUUCAAGAACUAUUAUUCACUGGUGUUGGACAGUGCUCUGGAUCGCGAGAGCGUGUCGGUCUACAAAUUGGUGGUGACAGCACAAGACGGAGGUUCACCUUCGCUGUCGGCCACGACCAGCCUGUCCGUGGAGGUGGCCGACGUGAACGACAACGCACCAACUUUCGCGCAGCCCGAGUACACGGUGUUCGUGAAGGAGAACAACCCGCCUGGCAGCCACAUCUUCACGGUGUCUGCGCGGGACGCGGACGC